AUGGAGGGAUCCACUUUUUAUCUUGCUGGGGCACUUGCAUACACGAUAUCUGUCAACGCCUAUGUCAUCGAUACAUACGGACAGUACCUGGCAAGUGGACUAGCGGCUGUAUCCACCAUCAGAUGUAUUGCGGGAUUUACAUUUCCGAUAUUCGCGCCUUACAUGUACUCUUCACUGGGUUAUGGUUGGGCGGGAAGCAUCCUCGGCUUCAUUGGCCUUGGUAUUGGACUUCCUGCCACGGUUCUGUUGGGGCUGUACGGGAAGUUCCUACGAACAAAAAGCCCAUAUGUCUCCAAAGCUAAUUGA